AUGUCCGGUAGCGGUGUGGAGGUGGAACCGGGGAACGUUGCGAUGUCGAAUAAGGCGUGGAUACAGCGAUGGGUGGUGCACAACAUUGCCUUCCACCAGGCCAAACCGGACACGUACCUGGCUGAAGAGGAGGUCCGGAUGUUCGGCGGUCAACCAAGGACCGUGUUUCAGCCGCUGUGUGGGAAGAAAACCGACAUGAUCUGGAUGUGGGAGCGAGGCCAUACUGUGGUGGGUGUGGAGGUGGCGGAGCAGGCGGUGCGCGAGUUCUUCCAGGAAAACGGACUCGUGCCGGACAAAGAGCACGUGGAAAACGUCGGCACGCUGUAUACGACGAAGGACGGCCGACUAAGGUUGUACGCUGCUGACCUGUUCGACCUCUCAAUGGCCGUGUGUGGUCAGUUUGACGUGAUCUAUGAACGCCGCUCACUUGUGGCCAUCAACACUGCUGACUAUCGGAGGUAUCGGGACCUGCUGCUGAGCCUGAUGAAGCCAGACGAGGUGUACUACCUCUCAGUGCUCGAGUUUGACCCAGCAGUAUGGCCAGGCCCACCUCAUUCCAUCGGGGACAGCUUAGUUAGGGAUUUAUAUGGAGAACGGUGCAACAUUGACUUGGUGCUGGAAACCGACUGCGCAGGAAAAAACAUCAUUGACAUAGCAAAAAAGGCCGCCACAAGUCAAGAAGCAGGCUUGGUCGAUGCUAAACAUGAAGAUGAAAAGGAACCUGAACCGGAAACUAAACUGAAGCCCUCUUCUGAAGGUGCUGCCAUAAAGAGUUUCUCGUAUAUUUUUGAUCGCUGGUAA